AUGGAUGAGAAUCAAACAGAUAUUCCGUGGCGUGAGAAGUAUAUGAAGAGGUCAGAGUUGGAGACGUCAUGUUAUCUCAAGGAUGAUUGUCUAAGCAUUCACUGUACGGUUGAAGUAGUACUGCAAGCUCGUGUUGAAACAACGCAAACUAGUGUUGAAGAGGGGAAACAUUAUGUUAUUCCUGUACCUCCAUUAGAUAUGAUUCAGAAUAUCAAGGGUUUGCUAGAAUCUAAAAUUGGUUUUGAUGUUAAGUUUCAGGUUGGCAAUGAAUCCUUCAGAGCCCAUAAGUUGAUUCUUGCAGCUCGAUCUUCGGUAUUCAGAGCUAUGUUUUUUGGAUCAGUGGGUAAUCCAGAUAUGGAAACAGUAACCAUUGAAGAGUUUGAUCCAUUUGCCUUUAAGGCCAUGUUGUUAUUUUUGUACUCAGAUGAACUUCCUGAGACACAUGAACUUUCUGAUUUAGAUUCUCUUUGUACUUCAACUGCACUCAUGCAACAUUUAUUAGCUGCCGCACAUCGCUUUGAUCUUGCUCGUUUAAAACUCAUGUGCGAGGCAAAAUUAUGUGAAGAAAUAACUACAGAUACUGUGGCAACAACAUUGACCCUAGCAGAACAACACCAAUGCCUGCAACUGAAAACUGUCUGCCUAAACUUUACAACUAAACCCGAAAACUUUGGAGAGGUUAUGAAGUCUGAUGGGUUUGCAUAUUUGGAGAAGAGUUGUCCUUCAUUAUUGAUUGAUUUUCUGAAGACUUGUUCGGUAGAUGAAAGUGUAGCCUAA